AUGACCCCCCGAACAAAUAUCUUGUCCUUCGACGGAGGGGGAACCCGAGGCCAGACUUCCCUUAUCAUCCUCCAGGCAAUUAUCUCCAAGGUCAAUUCGAUCCUGGCCAUCCCUGGCGUGACCCUGACGCCGAAAGAUAUCUUCCAAGCCAUUUCCGGUACUAGCACUGGCGGCCUCAUCGCCAUCAUGUUGGGUCGGUUCGGCAUGAGCGUCGAAGAAUGUAUCGAGCAGUACGACACAAUGGCGCUCAGGAUCUUCAGCAAGCGGAAACUGCUAGGGUACCUUUCGAAGCGCAUCUUAAACGACAAAUACAGCAGCAAGCCCCUCCGGGACUGCGUUGGAGAACUGGCGGAUAGGCAUGCGGGUAACAAGGAUGCUCCCAUGCGUUCCGAUCAUUCAAAUGGCAGGAUCCCAUGCCAUGUCUGUGAGCCGGAUCUUGGCGCUCUUAUAUCAGAUGCUGCUCACGCCACCACCGCGGCCCCGUUCUACUUCCGAGAGUGUGUGCUCGGAGGACGGUUCUAUAUCGACGGAGGCUUUGGGCACAACAACCCUACCUGGUCAACGUACUGCCACUACUCCGACUUGGCGCUAUCCGAGGCUUUUCGAGUGGUCAGCAUUGGGACCGGCCGACCGUCGGAGGAGCAGCUUCAGGCCGAACAGGAGUUGCAACCGUCACAGAUCGCCAAGGCAAGCCGAUGGAAGAGCGUCAAGAUGCGUCUCAAACGCCGCUAUGGCUUAGCCAAGGGCAUGAUCCACGACAAAACACGUGCCGACAACCACGACGCUCUAAUCGGCAUGACAGAUCCUGAAAAACUCGACUAUCUCCGCAUCGACGGCGCAAUCGGGGUCAAGCAAUUCCCUCUGGACGCGUGCGACCCGGAGAGCAUGCAGCGGAUGCGGAGCCUCACCGAGGCCUGGCUCCGACAAGCAGACGGCCAACGCCAUAUAUCUGAGAUAGCACAAGCGCUCGCAGACGACUGGAAGUCGAGGCAACAGAAUAUGCAAGCUCAAAUCCAGACUCAAGCUCAGACUCAAGCUCAGACUCAAGCUCAGACUCAAGCUCAAGGGCAAGCUUCUGGAAUGGACGGUCUAUACAUAUCUGUACACGUUACAGAUUCUCAGUAUCAGCCUUCACAUACGCAGACCAUACCGCCACGACGGCCCUCUUUGUCCAUUCCACUUCCACAGCCUAGCGCUGGUGCUUGCGUCUCGCCGAAUGUUUCCUCAGGAUCUGGGCCCGGGCAUGGGCCUACACCAUCCACCCCCGGUCUGACGCAAGACGUGACCCAAGCGGGACGGACAGAAUCUGUACAUUCUGUGGAUGAUGGGCCGUUUCCUCCACCACAUGACGAAGCAGCAAAUGUCGACGUCGACACGUUGUCUCAGCCAUCAGCGAUGGAAAGUGAGACCAAGAUUGGACAGCAGUUCAGAGACUCCGGAGACAUGAUCGUCCACGUCCUUCCAGAAGCCGACGAUUUAUCUAUAUGA